UUUUAUUUUUUUUUUGUAAUUCGUAACAUUAUCCAAUUAACCUCACCCAAAUACUUGUAUUUCCGUCGUCAUACACAUUCCGGCCGGCGACUAGUGCAUUAUCUCCGGCAACCAGAAUCGAAAUUGUUACCAGUAACAAUGAAGUCCAUAUCUCCAUUGUUCUCAGUUUCCACUGCCAAGUCUCCAAUUUUCUACUUCAGUCCUAUUUCCCAAAGACUUUCGUCUGUCAAAUUUGCAGCCCCUCCGAAGAUAAAUUCACCAGAUACGAAAAGACCCAGUUCAAAAUCAGUUAAAACCCUCUCUGCAGCUCCUACAAUAGACCCCAUAACUACUACUGCCGCUUCCGCAUCUCCCAAAAAGGUUCUAGUGCCAAUUGGGUUUGGCACAGAAGAAAUGGAAGCUGUAAUAUUGGCUGAUGUUCUGCGCCGGGCUGGUGCAGAGGUAACAGUGGCAUCAGUAGAGCAGCAGUUGGAGGUUGAAGCAUAUGGAGGCACUAGGCUAGUUGCUGAUACUUUCAUCUCUACUUGUUCCACUGAAAUAUUUGAUCUUGUUGCAUUGCCGGGAGGAAUGCCAGGUUCUGCUCGUUUAAGAGACUGUGAAGUUCUCCAGAAGAUCACAAGCAGGCAAGCUGAGGAGAAGCGACUUUAUGGUGCCAUAUGUGCUGCUCCAGCAGUCACUCUUUUGCCUUGGGGUCUUCUCAAGAGGAAACAGACCACUUGUCAUCCUGCAUUUAUAGACAAAAUUUCUUCCUUCCGGGUGGUGAAAACUAACACACGAGUCUCUGGAGAGCUAACAACAAGUCGUGGUCCUGGCACUUCAUUUGAGUUUGCCAUAUGUUUAGUGGAGCAGCUGUUUGGCGAGCCUGUUGCCAGAGAAAUUGGAGAACUCUUGUUGAUGAAUCCUGCAGGUGAUGACCCAAAGAGACAAGAAUUCAAUGAAGUUGGAUGGUCUCUUGAUCGCACCCCCCAAGUUCUAAUUCCAAUAGCCAACGGGUCUGAAGAAAUUGAAGUGGUUACCUUGAUAGACAUUCUAAGACGAGCAAAGGUGAAUGUUGUGGUGGCUUCAGUGGAAAAAUCAGCACAGGUUUUGGCAUCAAAAGGAACAAAAAUUGUUGCAGACAAGUUGAUAAAUGCUACUUCUGACUCCAUAUUUGACUUGAUUAUCCUCCCGGGAGGAGCUGCCGGGGCUGAACGGCUGCACAAGUCAAAAAUUCUGAAGAAGUUGCUUAAGGAACAAGAGUCGGCUGGAAGAAUAUUUGGUGCAAUCUGCUCUUCACCUGCAGUCUUGCAGAAACAGGGGUUAAUAAAGGACAAGAAAGCCACUGCACAUCCUGCUGUCUUAGACAAGCUCAAAGACGGGGUAAAUGAUGCUCAGGUAGUUAUCGAUGGUAAACUCAUCACAAGCCAGGGACUUGCUACAGCGAUACAGUUUGCACUGGCUAUUGUGAGCAAGCUUUUCGGGCAUGCAAGGGCAAGGAGUGUAGCAGAAGGUCUUGUCUAUCAGUACCCCAAGAGCUAGAAAUGCCAGUCCUGAAACCCUCAGAGUGCCCAAGUAUGUUAAAGGGGCAACUCAAAUUGAUGGAUUACAUACAUACUUCACCGGCAAUUACAAGAAAGGCAACUUUCUUGUCCUUGAUGACUUGGUAGCAGAUAUAACAAGCUCGAGAGGAGAUUUUCCCAAGUCUACCAAAACCAAAGGUAGUGGAGUCAUUCCAAUCCAGUAGCCAAGUCAGCGAUCAUCUGCAAUUGGGGCAAACUGGGUGGAUAUCUCAACCCAAGAUGGCUUAUAAAUUCACUUAUAUCAUUUUCCCCUUUUCUUGACAGGAUUAGUCCUAACCUACAAUACAGAGUUCCUACUAGAUCUUUAACUGGGAUUAGGGAAUUUACUAUCACUCGGCCAGGUCGCAUUGGAAAUCGUGAUGAUCAAAGUAAUGACGCCAGUUAUGGGCAAAUUGUUCUUCGCCUCAUCUCUGUCUCGUCUGGACACUAUAUAGCACCCCCAGCCCACAAGUUUCUUUUCUUCGUUUAGCUUGGCCUCCAUAAUCAUGAUUAUUGGCAUUUAGAGCAUACAGAAAGAGGAUUGCUGCUCUCAUGCGUUGAAUGGUGAUCUUGGCGUGUACUUAACAAUAGAUUCCAUUAUGGAUUUGUUUUGUUUUUUCA